CUCCUCCGCGCCGGCUCGCGCGUGCGUCUCCAUCACCGUCCCGCCGCGUCUCAGCCUCGCGUCCUGAGUGGGAAUCACCCGCGCGGCAUGGGGCAGGGCCCCAGCCUAGGUUGUGUUUCUGUCGCCGGGCGUGUCUGUGUGUGUGGUUCGGUGUCUCUGGGCGUGUCUGUGUGGGUUGCGUUGGUGUGAUGCCAGGCAUGUCUGUGUGCGUCUCAUCGCCCUGUGGCUGGCGGGUCCGUGUUCCUGCUUGACAUGUGACUCCGGGGAAGGGAGAGGGGUCCCUGUGAGUCCCUCCUCCCCACCCGGAGUGGUGUCCAGGGGUCCACGGGCCACGCCUGGAGAGGGGUUUUGUGUCACCCCGCCAGCGAGUCCUCGUGCGUUGCUGCGGGAGGCUUUUGAUCUGUGUCCAGCUGUAUACAGUAGAGACCCGUGCGUGACUUCUGUGCUGCUGCCUGUGGCCACGUGAUACACGCCAUGUGGCUGUCACUCUGGGAGUCAUCACGCGUCACCCUGCGUUGCAUUUGCUAUUCUGUGUCAGCGCAGGUGUUGUGUCUGUUUAUAGGUUUUGUGUGUCUCAGUGAUGUGACACUGCUCUUCUUCAAGGUGUAAAUGCAUGUUGCAGGCCUGUCUUUCCCUGCCAAGAACAAAGCCCGGGGACCCACACUCAGAGUGUUGUGACUGUGUGGCUGUGUGUUACACUGUACCAGAGGGUGUCCCCCUGGUGCUGUGUGGGUGUUGUUACCGGCCUAGGUGACGGAUGUGUCAGUCGGCCACGUCCGCCGGUCCAUGGGUCACGGUGUCUGUGCCGGGCAGUACUCUAUCAGUGUCUUUGUGGAUUACUCUGUAUGUGUGGUGUUUGUGCGGCCACUGGUGUUGGGUGUAUGGGCGAUGUGCGGGUGUGGUAUGUGGUAUCUGUCAGUCUGAGGCAAUGGUAGGUGUUCUAUUCCAUGGACGUGGCUCUUGGGCAUCAGGGCCUAUGUAGCCUGUGUGCCCGGCCUCCCUCCCCCGGGUACCAUUCUGUUGUGUCCUGUGUGAUGCAUCAAGAUAGAUGAGGCUGUCUUGUAGGGGGCAGCUGCCAGCUGGGUUUCUGUGUGUGUCACUGUGCCUGUAGGUCCUUUCCUAACGCAUCCAUCCGUACUGCUCUCCGGCUGUAUAUUUGAAUGGCAAUGUGUACUUGGGUUCUGUUGUGUGUUGAGGUGAAUCCGUGUGUGUCGUGAAUCAUUCUAUGAGCGUAUAUGCUGGAGUCACCACAUGCCAUGAUGUUCGUCACCGUGUGUUUCUGUGCUAGGUGAGUGGUGACUGCCAUGGGUGUGUCCCUAAGUGCCGUGUGUCUGCAUGUAUUGGGUACUGUUUCACGGGUGUGUGAUGGCUGAGUGCCUUGUUCACACAGAUAUGCUGUGCGUGGCACUUGGGGAUUGCUAAGUCAAUACAGAUUGGGUGUUUGUGGAACACUUGUAUAGGUCGUGUUUGUGUAGCUAUGGACAGGCACCACCCCGUGUGCUGUGUCUGGGUGUGGCUGUUGGUGUCAGACAGUGUUGUGCCAAUUUUGAUUGUGAUGUCUGUGCUUGUGUGUGGACAAUAUUUGGGUGGCCCUGUGCGCCACGGGGUCCUGCCUGCUCGCUAAGUGCCGGCGUGUGUCACACCAUGUGUGUGUGUGGUGUCUGGGUGUGGCUGUGGGUUUCCGAGCUUGUCGGGAGUUGUGAGUCACUCGGUGUCAGUAGCAUUGUGUGCCCAUGGGUGUUAGGUUCCGUCUCUGGCCAUGCCAUGUUUCAGGGUGUAAUCACUGCGUGUUGCGUGGUGUCCGGGUGUGGCCCAGUGUAGGUGUGUAUUAUACGCUGCAGACCGUUGUGUGUGACAAAGCCCAUUGUGUGUUGGUGUGUGAGUGUGUCUUAAUCCACGUGGACGCACGCCUCUUCCUUGCUCUGCCCUAAGACACACCCCCGCCCCUCCUUAGUCUGAGAAGGGGGGCUGGGGAGCCUCCCCUCUGCCCGGGGGCCUCCUCAGCACCUCCCCGCCCUGCCCAGCAGUCACCACCUCCCAGAGGGCACAGACUCUGCUGUACCUCAAAGCACAAGCCCAGAGCGAGGGAGCAGAGCAGGCCAGGGACCUCAAGCCACUGUGGCUGCCCUUUGCGUGCUGCGAGGUGGGGGACCCUGGGCAGGAAGCUGGCUGGGCCCCAAGACCCCGGGAGCCAUGGGCGGGGAGCUGGUGCCGGGCCUGGGGGCCCUGCGGCGGCGAAAGCGCCUGCUGGAGCAGGAGAAGAGUCUGGCCGGCUGGACGCUGGCACUGGCAGGAACUGGCAUUGGACUCAUGGUCCUGCACGCGGAGAUGCUGUGGUUCGGGGGGUGCCCGUGGGCGCUCUAUCUGUUCCUGGUUAAAUGCAUGAUCAGCAUUUCCACGUUCCUGCUCCUGUCCCUUAUCGUGGCCUUUCACGCCAAAGAGGUCCAGCUGUUCAUGACGGACAACGGGCUCCGGGACUGGCGCGUGGCGCUGACCGGGCGGCAGGUGGCGCAGAUCGUGCUGGAGCUGGUGGUGUGCGGGUUGCACCCGCCGCCGGUGCCGGGCCCGCCGUGCGUGCUGAGCUCCGGGUUCCUGAAGACGGCGGCCACGCAGUCCUGGCCCAGCUUCCUGGACCAGGGGGAGGCGCUGCUGUCGCUGGCCAUGCUGCUGCGCCUGUACCUCGUGCCCCGCGCCCUGCUCCUGCGCAGCGGCGUCCUGCUCAACGCCUCCUACCGCAGCAUCGGCGCGCUCAACCAGGUCCGCUUCCGCCACUGGUUCGUGGCCAAGCUGUACAUGAACACGCACCCCGGCCGCCUGCUGCUCUGCCUCACGCUUGGCCUCUGGCUCACCACCGCCUGGGUGCUGUCGGUAGCCGAGAGGCAGGCUGUUAAUGCCACCGGGCACCUUUCGGACACACUGUGGCUGAUCCCCAUCACAUUCCUGACCAUUGGCUAUGGCGAUGUUGUGCCAGGUACCAUGUGGGGCAAGAUUGUCUGCCUCUGCACUGGUGUCAUGGGGGUCUGCUGCACAGCCCUGCUGGUGGCCGUGGUGGCCCGGAAACUGGAGUUUAAUAAGGCGGAAAAGCACGUGCACAACUUCAUGAUGGAUAUUCAGUAUGCCAAAGAGAUGAGGGAGUCGGCUGCCCGGGUGCUGCAGGAGUCCUGGCUAUUGUACAAACAUACGCGCAGGAAGGAGUCUGGAGCUGCCCGCAAGCACCAGCGCAGGCUGCUGGCUGCCAUCAACAGGUUCCGCCAGGUGCGGCUGAAACACAGAAAGCUCCGGGAGCAAGUGAACUCUAUGGUGGACAUCUCCAAGAUGCACAUGAUCCUGUGUGACCUGCAGCUCCGUCUGAGCAGCUCCCACCAGGCCUUGGAGAAGCAGAUCGACGCGCUAGCAGGGAGGCUAGACACCCUGACCGAGCUGCUCAGUGCUGCCCUGGGGCCGCGGCAGCUUCCAGAACCAAGCCAAGAGGCCACGUAGCUGGACCCAUCCGGGAAGAACCAGGCUACCCUUCCCCAGGAUUGAGGUCAAGGACAUUCUCUCUGCUACUCCUGACCCAGCCGCACAUAUAAAGCCCCCCGCCCCCCAAGUGUGAGGACUGCUGGGGGCCCCACCUUGGAUGGCGGAUGCUGAUGGAUGCUGGAGGGGAUGCUGGAUUAAGGAGGGAGGCCGUGGCCCACCCCCCACCAAGGCCCCAAAUGGGAAAACGGUCACCCCUGCCGCACAUACUCUCAACAAAAACAUCCUCACUCUGCUGCUGUAGAUGGCCACCAGCUUUCAGUUGGACGUGGAGGUGCUUGGGGGCCGGGACUCCUGGGUCCCAGAGGAGGAGGAAGAGGAGCAGGAGGAGGGGCACGGGGGCCCAGAGUCCAGGAUCCUGGGCUGCCUCAGUGACCUGCUGGCCGGCAGAGCUGAAGGAACCAGGCCCGAGGCAGGGACGAGGCAGGAAGCAGCGCCCCCUGGCGGGAGAGCGAGGAGGACACUGUUUCUCCAGAGCUGCAGAGAAUUACCUGGUGGGAGAAGGUGGGAGGGGCCGGGGUGCAGCCCACCAGUCUCUGCUCUUAUACUUUGCAAUAAAGGUUAAACAAAGCCAGGA